AGCAUAACUAUCACUCCUACAUCAUUAUACCAUCACUCUCAUCAGCAUCUGUUCGGCGACUAUAACGUCUCUUUGUAACCAUCGUGCACAGGGUGGGGGGGAUGAACUUGUGUGGAGUGAUCGCCAAAAACACGAGCCCGGCGUGUCUUGGGGGGAUUAUGCACUUUUGCUGACUUUCUCCCCAGUCUGGGUUUGAGAUGGGACGCGGCGAGAGAAUGGCAGAUUGGACCAUAUCGCUAUUGCACGAGCUCUGUUUUCUCACACGGCUCCGGAGGGCUGGUUCUCCGGCGUGGCAGUAGCCCUCCUAACCCCUGCUUCCGUGUGUUUAUGCGCGGGCUCCGGGACCUGGACUGGAGGUUCAAAAGGAUUGCCCCGUUUAGCGGAAAACAAGAUCAGUGGAGUCGAAGCGGAAAGUGGCAAAGCACUCUACUGUCUCGCCUGGAUCGUUUACAGUUCUCCGUGAUCAUGCCAUCGAGUGUAUAGAUUUAGGGGCUUUGUCUGUUUGAGGUGAGGAAGAGGAGAAGCAAGAGGAAGAAGAAGAAGACGAGGAGAGCUGAGGUGUGAGUGAAUGCAGCCAUGGCUUGUACUUCUUGUUCAUAGAGGAGCUACUCAGUGGAAGUGAGUUCACAGGAGACAGAGUUACCAACAGCUCUCUCAGGAUGAAACUGUGGGGGAGGACAGCUUGGCCUUUUCAGGUGACCUUCCUCGUUGCCUUGGUGAUGCUCUGCAUUGACCCAGUGUCCACUGGCAACCGUAACCAUCGGGGACCGACAGUCUCGUACCAGGUGAAGCAGGGGACAUGUGAGGUGGUGGCCGUUCAUCGCUGCUGUAAUAAGAAUAAGAUUGAGGAGCGCUCUCAAACCGUCAAGUGUUCCUGCUUCCCGGGGCAGGUUGCUGGCACCACUAGAGCCAGACCCUCCUGUGUGGAAGCCUCCAUUGUAGCCCAGAAGUGGUGGUGCCAGAUGCAGCCGUGCAUGGAUGGAGAGGAGUGUAAGGUUCUGCCUGAUCUGACUGGCUGGUCCUGCAGCACUGGAAACAAAGUCAAAACCACUAAGGUCACACGAUAGCAAGAGAGCCACUGAGCCACAAGGAAACCUAAAACUCUCCGUGUGGAAAGGAUGGAUGACUCACACAUAUUUACUGUACGAUGGGAAAAAAAUAUCAACGACAGGAGCGCUGUCAGGCUAUCCAUCACAAAAUAAUGGGAUAAAAUGUACUCAUCACAAACUGCUUACUUGGCUACACGGAUCUACGUGCACAAUGUAUACAGUACUGUAUGCUGGUAAUUAAGACUAAUGGACUACAGUCAUGGACACCCAGGGUACGUCCAAACACAGAUGGACUCCUAUUUUCCAAUAAUGGACAAAGUGUGGAUUACAAAAAAAGACCUAACAAUUUAAACACUGAUUAAGCAUUUUAAAUCAUAUAUUUCAUUGGUGGAUGAGUGUGAGACGUGUGUGUUUAGAGCACUGCUGCAUACAGUACAGACCUGUCAAUAUUUAGAGCUUAUAAUGGAAACAGUAGAGAUGAUUUUGGAGAAAUGAAACUGAUAGUAGCUCAUAACUAGUAAAUAGCAAAUUAGCAUCAAAUUGCUCUGGUGGGUCAAGUCACUACCAUGAAGGCUGUUAUGUGGGAGUCAUUUUGCAGUUCUAAUUAGGAACUGCAGUGUAGGAUCAUAACAACAUAUUAAAAAUUCAUGUAAGAUAUUUGCACUAGUCGACACCAUUUGGGAAUGUUUUGUUUUUCUAGAUAUUUCCCAUUUUUGCUGUGGAUAGCACAUGAAAAUGAAGGUAAAAUGUCUGACACUUGAAGUAUAUAAAUAUAUACAUCACAACCCAUUAUUCCUGGGUAAAUAUCAGUUAAAAACGACUGACUAUAGCGCUUCCCUUAUACACAGCUUAGUACAGUAUGAACUAGCAAAGUCUCAUCUCUCUUUUUUGCCCAGAAAAGCUCAGCCUUCAAAGCAUUUGAUCUGCUAUAUUCGGUCUGUGACAUCUCUUCUGUUAACUGUUAAAAAGGAGGCCCAUAAAAUGUUCAAACAAAAAGGAUAAGUUGUUUUUAUGCUGUUAUUUCACAGUAUUGGAAGUAUUCUCUCUCUUCCUCUGAAUGUUCAGGUUCUUAGUCUUUAAAAUAUUGAAAAUACAAAACAACUGUAUGAAUAGGGUUUUAUUUUAAACUAUUAGGAGAAACAUUAUGUUUCUGUGUGCACAUUGCCCAUUGAUUGCCUCUAGAAUUCUCAUUCACAUCAAUGCUUCAAUGAGAUAUACUGAAAUAAUUGCCACAGAAAAUGGCAGUUCAACCCUUUGCAA